AACAGAACAGGAAGAAGAAAGCAGAAGAAGCAGAAGAAGAAGUUGUGCCAAGACCAGCAAGAUGGUGGUGAACGUGCUGCAGGUUGCUGAGAAGCCAGCACUGGCCAAAUCGCUUGCAGCGAUUUUGUCCAAUGGCAGUUGCAGCUACGGGAACACACGCACUGCAGGACUGCCGCUGCUGGAGUAUGAUGGCGUCUUCAAGGGCCAAAAGGCCCACUUCAAGUUCACGUCCGUGCGUGGACACGUAAUGGAGGUCCAGUUCCCCGCCAAGUACAACAACUGGGACCGAACUGACCCGGGUGACCUGUUCACCGUGGAUGUGGAGAUGCAAGAAGCCGACUCGUCCAAGAACGUAGUGCAUGCGCUGCGCAGCGAAGCAAAAGGCUGCGACUUUCUUGUGCUCUGGCUCGACUGCGAUCCUGAAGGCGAGAACAUCUGCUUCGAGGUGAUUGACGCUGUGCGCCCCGCCAUGAACCACCGCCCGGGACAGCAGAUCUUCCGCGCAAAGUUUUCUGCCAUCACUGCGAAGGACAUCAAGCAUGCCAUGCAGCACCUUGGCGAGCCCGACAAGAACGUGUCGCUCAGCGUGGACGCCCGCCGCGAGCUCGACCUCCGUAUGGGCGUCGCUUUCACCCGUUUCCAGAGCCGAUUCUUCCAAGGCAAGUACGGCGACCUUGAUUCGCAGGUCCUCUCGUUUGGGCCCUGCCAGACACCGACCCUCGCCCUCUGCGUCCAGCGCCACGACCUCAUCCAAACGUUCCAGCCGGAGACAUACUGGACGCUAGAUGUGCGGGCGCUCAUCAACGACUCGCCCGUCAAAUUGCAGUGGGACCGCGUGCGUGUGUUUGACAAGACCGUCGCCUCCCUCUUCCUGCACCGCAUCCAAGACGUUCGCGCUGCGAAAGUGCUGCGCGUGCAGUCGAAGGAGAAGGCGAAACCGCGGCCAACGGCGCUCAACACUGUUGAGCUGCUCAGAAUCUGCUCAGCGGGGCUCGGCAUUGGGCCGCAACAGGCCAUGGUUGUUGCGGAGCGCUUGUAUAUCCAGGGCUACAUCAGCUACCCGCGCACAGAGACGACUGCCUAUCCGGCCAACUUCGACACCGCUGCCGUCCUGCACGAGCUCAAGGGCUCUCCGGACUGGGGCAAGGAGGCACGAGUUCUGCUGGAUGGCGCGCUCGUGAAACCAAAGGGCGGCGUGGACAAAGGGGACCAUCCGCCAAUCACGCCUGCGCGGUUGGCGACGGACAACGAGCUGUCAGGGGAUAUGUGGCGCGUGUACGAUCUCGUGUGUCGACACUACAUUGCCACGCUCAGCCCAGACUGCAGGUAUUCCGUGACCAACGUGUCGCUUGCUGUUGGCAGCGAGAUGUUUUCUCUCUCUGGCCAGCGCCUCAUCUCCCCGGGUUUCACCUCCGUCCUCUACUGGAUGUCGCCCGAGAGCAGCACGGUGGUGCCGGACAUGCAGGAGGGCCAAGAGUGCAUCAUCAAGAACGUCUCCAUAUCCGAGAAGCAGACAGCGCCACCUGGAUACUUGACAGAGAGUGACUUGAUUUCGCUGAUGGAGAAGCACGGGAUUGGAACGGACGCGAGCAUCCCAAAGCACAUCAACACCAUCUGCGAGCGCAACUACGUCACUGUGCAGGGUGGGCGCACGCUUGUGCCGACGAACCUCGGGGUGGUGGUGGUGCACGGCUACCAGCGCAUUGACCAUGACCUCUGCCUGCCAACCAUGCGCGCAGCCGUCGAGAAGCAGUUCUCCCUCAUCGCCUGCGGACAGGCCGAGUACGAGGAUGUGCUGUUCUAUUUCAUUGACACAUACAAGCGCAAGUUUAAAUUCUUUGAGCAGAACAUUCAAUUGAUGGACGAGCUGUUCGAGGUGAACUUCACGCUGCUGUCCAAGACGGGGAAGAACUUGUGUCGCUGUGGAAAAUGCAACCGCUACCUCAAGCUGAUCAUUGCCAAGCCGCAGCGCCUGUACUGCCCGACAUGCGACGAUACGUACUCGCUGCCACAGCGCGGGAAGAUUAUGCUCUACAAGGAGCUCAAGUGCCCACUCGAUGGCUUUGAGCUGGUCAUGUGCUCGACGGGCUCAAACGGAAAGGCAUUCCCGCUCUGCCCAUACUGCUACAACAACCCGCCCUUCGAGAGCAUGCCAAAAGGUUCUGGGUGCAAUGCGUGUGUGAAUGCCCUGUGCAAACACAGCGCCAUCAACCUCGGUGUUGCUCCCUGCGUCAGCUGUGACGGCGGCAUCCUCGUCAUGGACCCAGUCAGCAAACCAAAGUGGCGCCUGGCUUGCAAUCAGUGCAAUACCAUUGUCACACUCAUCGAGAACGCACACGACAUUCGCGUCACAAAGAAUGUGUGCGAGUGUGGCGCAAGCCAGCUCAGCGUCGACUUUCACAAGGACAAGUCCCCACUCAAAUCAGGCGAGACCAAGUAUGAGGGGUGCAUCUUCUGCGAUGAGCUGCUGUCCUCCCUCGUGUCCCUCAAGCACGGCUCAACAACACACCCCAUGCACCGUCGAGGGCGGCGCAAGGGUGGCCGCGGCAGAGGGCGUGGACGGGGUCGUGGGCGCGGCCGUCGGAAACCAAAGGACAAGAUGGCACAGCUUGACCAGUUUUUCAUCUGAUUGGGAGUGCAUGCUUUGGGAGUGGCUGUGGCACUGCAAUGAAUGAGAAGGAGCAAG